UACAGCUGGUAAAAUUGUGAGAAAUACUCCACAUUCCGCCAUGGAUUCCUGCGACAAAUGUGGUAUAGACUUGUCUCAGUACUUCAACGAUCAGACAUUUAGUGACGUCAGACUUUACACCAAAUCUAGAACGUUCUUUACGAGCUCCCUUGUCCUAUCUAUCCACAGCCCCGUCUUCAAGAAGAUUAUCGUUGAUGAAAACGAGAAGGACAUUUUCCUAGAUUCAUUCCUUGAUGAGGAGGAUGAGAUGGAGAUGAUUAUAUCAAGUUUUUACAGAAGAUCAAAUCUGGUUGUUUCGGUUGGUGUUUUGUUUACAGUUGCUAAGUUUGGUGUGACCUAUGAAGUGCCUUGGAUUUGUCAAAAAGCAGUUGAGUUUGUGAAGGCUAAUAUAUGCCACGAAAAUUGUAUCCAAAUUUCAAGAGAAGGAUACAGGUUAAAAGAAUAUUUUAAGUUUUCUCCUAUUGCUGACGUAUGUGAUGAAUUCUUAAGUAAGACUACAUUUCUUGAAGAAAUCGUAGUGGACUUGGAAAACAUUACGGAGGACGAGAUUUACCUCUCGAUUCCUGCUUCCUUGUUUCAGAAUUUACUUCAGAACGGUUUCCGACGUGAUGAAAAACGUAUGGUGGACCUAAUCCGACGGUGGUUGAGCAGGGACUCCAAUAUAAUACAAGCCAUGGAAAUUGUGCCAUUGCUUCAGCUGUCACAGCUAUACUUAGUCAACGAUUCCCUUCAUUCUGAAUUCUUUGAAUUCUUGUUUUCUUCCGACAAACUUACUUCAGAGGAUAAACGGACUAUUUUGAAAUUAUCAACAAAUAGUAUUGAAGGUAGUAAAAACUGCAUGGUUACAGCUCUCGGAUUCAGCAAAGAGGUACCGAAAGAAAUGCAGGGGUCUCAAAACAUAAAAGAUUUUUUGCUGUCACCAACCUGGUUAAACUGCUCCUUCGAUGACAUAGUCAUGGUGAGACAAUUUAGAGGAAACAAUCAGUUCAUUCAUAUGGAAUUAUUCUUGGUUUGGAUGCGAACCCAUCCUGUUACCGAGUAUCAAGUUAAGGCUAUUCUCAAUUCCAUUGAUUUGAACACCAUUACCAAGGAGUACAUUAAAGAUUUGGUUACUCAUCUCAAAUAUUCGCUAAUCCAACUCUUCCUGACAAUUUUCAUGUUCAGUUUGAAGCAAACGUUGCAUCACACGACUUCUCCCAAAAUCAGAGUUUAACUCAAGAGUUUGCCCAACAGAAUCUCACACCUGAUCAAGUUAAAAAUCUAAAACUAAAAAGGCACACUCUCUCAAAACGGCCCUGCAGCGUAUCCAGAUGUUGGGAAAGGACCCUGGGCUCCGUCGACAUUAAACUCAAACGGGACUCAUUCCCCUACUUUAAAGUGGGCCGCCUGAACACAGCUCCGACCAUGCUGGAACACUGCCAUAACCGGGAAGUUUACCACGUGUACUUUGUGGUUGAGAGUCAGAUUGUGUCGUGUUACUGUGACUCCUGGGAGAGGGUCGAGGAGAUGGUGAGACCGGAGGGUAAGGAAUGUGUCACUGUCAAAGUUGUGUGCCAGGGACAUUGAGUUAACCUACAUGUUUUUGUUGUUGUUGAGAUAAUGAAAAUUCAGACUAUAGAUUGUAAUUUCAUUAUUUUUACUGUUCACAAUUUUGCGAAGCAAAAAUGUUACUAGUGACAGAUUGCGAAUGGUCGUCAUUGCAGAAAUACAGGAAUUUUGGAGAACGAGGAAGGUGGCUUCGAUUUGGUUUCUGUUUAUCACACUCAUGGCAACGAGAAACACGUGCGCAGUGCGCAAGGGCUGCUUGCGGAGUUGUUGUACAGUCUGUAGUCAGUGCAUGUAUUUUAAUUUCUAUGAAGUGAACUGAGCUAUAAUCCUAUAAAGCUAUAAUAGUAGUGAAUGGAAAUCUAGCGUCCGCCACAACGAAGAAACGGGCGCAAUUCUUGUGUUCGUUAGAAAUUUUAUAAAUUAGAGCGUUUGAACCCAGUUUUCAUUGUCCUGAAAAGCAAAAGCAAAAGUAAAUUCGUUAUU